CUCCCCAGAGGCAACCUGAAACCCUGACUCUUCUCAGAAUAGGAUGGGGGAAAUUCCAAAGUUCUCAUUAAACACAUUUAUCCCUCAAGCUUUGGAAGGAGCCCAAAUGCCAAAAGUGAGAAUCCCAAAGCACUGUCCACAUUAGUGUGAGCUCCUGAUAAAUGUCUAACAAAUUCAGCAUGUGUCCUCUGGGCUUGAAGAGUUGCUGGGCAAAGUUCCAGAAUAGUGAGACGUCUUGGGAUUUAUCCGAUUUAGGAAAGACCUUUAAUUACCAGCUCUCACCUCACUGUUUUCAAAUAGUCAAGUCUUGAGGUCUUUUCACUGUGGGCCAUACUGAUGGAGGGUCCCCACCAGCGUGAAGCAGAAGGAUGACCUUGUCCCAUAGGCAAGACAACUGUGAAGGGAGCCGUGUGUGUCCAAGUCUGCGAGAAGAGAGAGCCACCUAGAAUGUCCCCGCCAAACCAGUCCCUGGAAGGCCUUCUCCAGGAGGCCUCCAAUAGAUCCCUGAAUGCUACGGAAACCCCAGAGGCUUGGGGUCCAGGGACACUCCGGGCCCUCAAGAUCUCCCUUGCUUUGCUCCUUUCCAUCAUUACAGUGGCCACAGCCCUCUCCAAUGCCUUUGUUCUCACCACCAUCUUCCUCACCAGGAAGCUCCAUACUCCAGCCAACUAUCUCAUCGGCUCCCUGGCCAUGACUGACCUCUUAGUCUCCAUCUUGGUCAUGCCCAUCAGCAUCGCCUACACCACCACUCGCACCUGGAGUUUUGGCCAAAUCCUGUGUGACAUCUGGCUGUCUUCCGACAUCACGUGCUGCACGGCCUCCAUCCUGCAUCUCUGUGUCAUUGCUCUGGACAGGUACUGGGCCAUCACGGAUGCCCUGGAGUACAGUAAACGCCGCACAGCCGGCCGGGCGGCCGCCAUGAUCGCCACCGUCUGGGUCAUCUCCAUCUGCAUCUCCAUCCCGCCACUCUUCUGGCGGCAGGCCAAAGCUCACGAAGAGAUGUCGGACUGCCUGGUGAACACGUCUCAGAUCUCCUACACCAUCUACUCCACCUGCGGGGCCUUCUACAUCCCGUCUGUGCUGCUCAUCAUCCUCUACGGCCGCAUCUACGUGGCCGCCCGGAACCGCAUCCUGAACCCGCCUUCGCUCUACGGGAAGCGCUUCACCACCGCCCAACUCAUCACCGGCUCUGCGGGGUCCUCGCUCUGCUCCCUCAGCCCCAGCCUCCACGAGGGGCACACCCACACAGCCGGCUCCGCUCUCUUCUUCAACCACGUGAAAAUCAAGCUGGCCGAUAGUGUCCUGGAGCGCAAGAGGAUCUCUGCGGCUCGAGAAAGGAAAGCCACGAAGACGCUGGGGAUCAUCCUGGGGGCCUUUAUCAUCUGCUGGCUACCCUUCUUUGUCGCAUCUCUGGUCCUCCCCAUCUGCCGGGACUCCUGCUGGCUCCACCCCGCCGUCUUUGACUUCUUCACCUGGCUUGGCUAUCUCAACUCCCUCAUUAAUCCCAUAAUAUACACUGUCUUUAACGAGGAGUUUCGGCAAGCCUUUCAGAAAGUUGUCCAUUUCCGGAAGACCUAGUCUUAUUUGCGGGUGACUCUUAUGAUCUGUUGUGUCCUAUAACCCACUGGAAUUGUCUUGUUUAUUUUUCCUGAGAUUUGGGUCCAUCCUGAUAUGUUGGGUUUGGGUUUGACCCAUAGAAUUGCUCAGCGUUCUUCUUCCUGUUGUCUUCUUGACUUCUGUGCCACCCAAAGUGGGGCAGCUUUGUGAAGGGUGACAAGACUGAAGAUUCCACUUAGCAUAUUUUCAUGACUCAUCCAUGUUGGGAGAAAUGGGAUCCCUAGGAUUCCCCGUUGAUUGAAUUCAGAUGGGAAGCUGUCCGACUCUACAGAAAGACCCUGGGUUCAAAUGGGAGGCUUUCUGGUCUACCUAAGUUUUGUAUGGAGCUCAGAGGAGGAGAGUAUGUGAGGUUAUGACCUGAGCUGAAAGAGAAUUGGAGUCAGGGUGGAGAGUUCACCAUACAACGAGGCACCUUGAUUUGAAAAUAACAGGCAGGGGCACCUGGGUGGCUCAGUGGGUUAAAGCCUCUGCCUUCGGCUCAGGUCAUGAUCC